AUGCCAUCAGCCCCUGGAUCCCCUGGCGGCAACGUCAUGACACAAGCUCAGCUAGAGACCUACCAGAAGCAAAAGGCUCAAGAGAGAUCAGAGCGACACGCCAGCGAGAGCGAAGAUGAGGAUGACAACAUCAACUAUGACUCCGACGAUGACAAGAAACCUGUCAAGGCCAGCGAGCAAAGAAAACGCCAAGAGGCGCAUCUUGCUACUUACCGACAAAAGAUGAUGAAGACUACCACUGGAGAACCAGUAGUAGAGCACACGCGGAUUCCCUCACUCAAAGGUCCUUGGAUGGAUAUCACAGACAGUGAUGAUGACGACGACAUUCCCUUGGCCAUGCUCAAGGCCAAAACCAGAGGUGAUCAAGCAUCUAGAUUGUCAGGCGUGCGAUCAAACCCCAACUUGCGCGCAUCUUCGCAGCAAUAUCUCGUGAGACCUGGUUCAUCACAAGGACAACACAACAGCGGCGCACAUCUCCGAUUACCAUCCUUUGCAUCAAACCUUCCCCAGGAUCCAUUCGCCGAUCCUUACGCAGAUCCCUUCCAGGACAAAAAGCCCAUGUUCACCGGCGGAUUGAUUAGUGUUAUUGCAAAGGAAGAGCGCGCCAAGGCAUCCCGACGAGGAACACCGAGUGUUAGCCUCACAGGUCCUUCCGAGACAGGAUACGGCAUGUCCAACGGUUCAAUCUAUGGAAUGCAACAAGCUUCAAGAUCCCAAUCCUCAAUCUCAUACCCUUACAUGGCUUCGCCUUACGGAAUGCAGCAAGCUUCAGCAUCACAAACUUCACUUUCAGGCAUGCCUAUGCAUAUGCAACACCAGAUUCCCCACGGCAUCCAAGAGCAGAUGCAGUUCAUGCAAGCUGCGACAUACGGCGCCCAGCACAAGCCACAGAAUUCAUGGGGAAGCAUCCCCCAAAGACCAGGAACGAGUGGAAGCAUGACUCCUCACCAGAAGCCUUCGCUACCAGCUUACGGAGGAUAUGCCCAGUCUAUCCCACCAGCGGAGCGAAGCAAUGUCGGUCUACCAAGCCGAUACAGAGCGGUGUCGAAGUUAAAGGCUUAG